AAUUUAGUGGUUUUUGAUUCUGACAACUCUGCAGAUCAAUGUACAGUGUGCUAGGGCACUCUCUUCCCCUUCACUCCACGACGAAGACCACCAGCCUACUUGAAGCUGCCAUUGCGAGAUUGGUGCCUUCAUUUUCUCUUCUUCUUUCCUCUCUUUUUCUUUCUUUCUUCCAAUCAUGAACUAGAUUCCACUGUUUUUUCUCCAAUCUUUCUGCACAAUCAUGCAGACACGCCGUACAUGAGUUUCGGUAUGCCUAAUUGAUUUUCUUGGCUCAAGCUUUUGGCUGUGCUACAGGAGUGAGCAAAGAGAUUAAAGUCUUUGGUUUAUCCUCUGUUGUAAGUGGUAGUGGGCAUCAUUCUAGACUUUCCAGUGCUAUGAAAGAGAUUAAAGUCAGAAGUGGUUCUAAUGCAGAUCCUGAUCUGUUGAAUGAUGAAACACAUGCACAGCAAUUGACUUCUGCAAAUCAGAGCUGUUCAUCAUCAAAUGUGCAGUGCACCCCUGAAAUUGAAAAGAAAUAUGUGCAUCGUGUUUAUGAUGCCAUUGCUCCCCAUUUUAGUUCAACUCGGUUUGCAAAGUGGCCAAAAGUUGCAUCCUUUUUAUCAUCGUUACCUCUAGGGUCCCUCGUCCUGGAUGCUGGCUGUGGUAAUGGAAAGUACUUGGGUUUUAAUCCCAACUGCUUUUUCAUUGGAUGUGAUAUUAGUGCCCAACUUAUCAAAAUUUGUGAUGAGAGGGGACAUGAAGUUUUGGUGGCUGAUGCAGUAAAUCUUCCUUACAGAACUGGUUUUGGCGAUGCAGCGAUCUCUAUAGCUGUAUUACAUCAUCUAAGUACUGAAAACAGGAGGAGGAAAGCAAUCGAAGAAUUAAUACGUGUUGUCAAAAAAGGUGGCCUAGUUUUAAUAACAGUCUGGGCUGUUGAACAAGAGGAUAAAUCUUUAUUGACGAAAUGGAUGCCACUUUCAGAGAAGUAUGUUGAUGAGUGGGUUGGACCAGGUAGUCCACGUGUUCGUAGUCCAUCGUCGUUGGCACUUGAAAGCAUUCCUGAAAUGAAUGAAAAUCAUUCAGGUGUUUCCCUAAAGGAUUCCAAGGAAAACUUCACUGGAAGCAAGCCAGAAAAUAAACCUCUACCCUCUCGGAGUGGAAAUGAUUUUAUGAAUUGUAAUGAUGAAAACUUAUUGAAGAUCCAGCAAGAAUAUUUUGUCCCAUGGCACUUACCUUAUCAUCGUGCAGAAGUCAGUGGGUCGUCUGCCAGUGCCCUUGCUAGUGGUUUGGCAAAGAAGGAUGAUAAGAAAGCUGCUGUUGUGUAUAACAGAUACUAUCAUGUUUUCAGUGAAGGCGAGCUUGAAAGGUUGGUGUCUGGUAUGGACGACGCGGUAGUGGUCGAUCGAUUUUAUGACAAAUCAAACUGGUGUGUAGUUCUUGAGAAAACAGUGUGAGGAAUGAAAUGAGGUAUUAUGAAGAUGAUUCAAUCUUGCCUGCUUGUUGUGCCCACUCAAACCGUGCUGAAGGUGGUCUAUGGAGUUGUAUCACUGUUGCUAUCUCGGCUUUGUUUUUGUCGUCCAGUCAUAGUUUGGGGGUAGCAAUCUCUGCAGGCUCUUUAGCCAAAAAAAAUGCUGUCACUGUUAAGGAUUUACGAUUGUGUAUUAUGAUUAAUAAGGCGGUGGAUUGCCCUUUGAUUCAGUUCUAAAUUGUUUGUGUUGAAAAGGUUGGGCUUCUAUCUGCUAUCCCUUGAAUAAAUCAUUGAUAUUAUACGGUUUUAGGCUCA